CUUUCACUCCACAUAAUCCGGGCACUUAUUAUGUCAAAAUCUAAAUGAGUUAGUAUUAGAUCAAGAUAGUGACGCAAACCUACAACGUUAGUUGUAGAUCUAUAGGCAAAUUCAUAUUAUCAUGGUGACAAGUCAUAAUGCCUACUCUCAUUUCUUCAUCUCUGUUGAUGUUCAAUAUAAUCACAAAUUGGUGCAUUAUUCAUGAUUUGAUCAUCCAUUUCUGGCUAUGCCGUUUUGACGAGUAUUUUAUGGUCGAUACGUCAUAAUUUCGGCAUCGGCACACGUUGGUACCCACUCGCGUGGAACGCUUUGCAUCGUCCCUCCGUUCUUACCGCAAUAUGCACCCACGCCAGCUAAUGGAAUCGACCAUCAGCCGGGCGGAGAUGCCAAUUUGAUUGACAGGCUGUCAAUCAUCGCCUCAUUAGCAUACCACAUGAAUGCGUAAUGAGGUAGUUUUUUUGCCGUCUCUUCGCUUUCGCUAAACCGUUUUCCAAAGACUAUAUUCCUCACGACUACUACACGAAGCCGGCUUGGAAAUAGCUCUCGAAUUUCCAACAUAACCUCCAAGAAACGUUUGUUUCUGGAGGAGAUUUUAUCAUCCAAAAGCGAAUCAAGGAGGAAGAGGAUAUCGUGAGGCUAUCUCCGGACAACAUCAAGAGAAGAUGGAGAAGACAUUAUUCUUCACGGUGGGCAUCCUGUUUUUACAACAGGCAUUUGCCGCCGAAAUUUCAAUCGGUUCCUUCUACGGUGUCAUGACCGACAAGGAUGACGAGUAUAAGAGAAUCAUUGACGACGCCGUUGAUUACGUAACAAGGCAAGCAUGGAGCAACCAGAACACCCUUCGAGUUACCCACUUUCAGCCUGAGAUGAAUGCGCUAGGAGAACCUGAGAUCAGUACCAAUAUUUUCCAGGCUGUCCAGAUUGAGGUCUGCGCCCAUGCACGUAGCAGCAGUCUUCGUGGCAUCGUUCUCCCGCACGACAUCUGUAUGGACUGCAAUGACAUCAGCGGUGUCAUCGGUGACGCCAUCAACCCAACAGUCGCCAUCGACUUGGCUGGCGGAGACUACUCCGUCAAGCUCUACCCCGAUGUCGGCGACCUCGUUGAUCUCUUUGCCGAAGUCAUCAACUACACCAAGUGGCGUGAUUUCCUCCUUAUCUACGACGGUGACAAUGCCCAAGGUAUCGUUGAGGAGAUGACCGCACAGGCCAAUGACAGGAACCAAACCAUUAAGGUGCUACCUAUUCCUGAAGACUUGACAGAGCUACAUACUACACUUGCAGGAAGCUCUAUCAAGAACAUUCUACUCUUCUGCCAGUACGAAGAGAUUUGUCUCGAUGUUGUCAAAAUGGCCAUUGAUGAAAAUCUGAUGAUAGACGGGUACCACUGGUUCUUAGGGAAUUUGGACUUACCGCUUACUUGGGAAGAAGUUAGUCAAAUCCGACUCGAUGGCGCCUACAUCACCCGACUCCAGAUGAACAAGCAAUCGAACGUCAAUGUGCGAUACACGACCACACGACCAGAAAACCAAGAGGAAUGGCCUUUCCGUCUUAAGAUGGCCUACGACGCCGUCGUCCUUCUCGGCGAGGCCUUUGAGAGUCAUCUUCAACGUCUUGGUACUUUCCCGACCAAGGUUGCGCAGUGCCCGACUGCCUCUGAGUCAUUUCAACUUUCAUCUGUUAUGCAAGAUAUAAAAGAGGUAAACUUUGAGGGUUUGAGUGGACACAUCUCUUUUGAUAACAUGUAUCGACGAACCAACUACUCCAUCACCAUCCACCAAGGAAAGGGUCAGACUGUCUAUUUCUACACUGACAAUCAGUAUCGAGCUGCAGGCGAAUGGGUGCAGAGUAUUUCGCUAUGGCGUCAAGCUAAUCGUGGCAUGUCCUGGCCAAACCCUGGUUCUCGACUCAACAUGUACGAGUUCAGAAAUGCUGAACUGAAGAGCAUCAUUGUGACGUCAUUAGAGGAAGCGCCAUACCUCAUCGACAGCGGCCAGGGGUUCAUCGGCUACGUCCCUGAACUGCUCCGAAACAUCAAGAUCGUCAUGGAAAACGAACUCGGACUCCCCUUCGACUACGAGAUCGAACUGGUCGGUGAAGGCGAGUACGGACGUCUCGACGCUACCACUGGCCGAUGGAGCGGUCUGAUGGAGAAGCUUGUUGAAGGAUACGCUGAUAUCGCCGCUGCCCCAAUGGCUAUCACCAGUGAGCGAGACAAGUACAUUGAUUACACCGUCCCCUUCAUGAGGAGUGAGUUGGGUAUCCUGAUCGAGCAUCCUAGCUAUGUGUGGGAACAUCCUUUCGUGCCUGUAUUCCCCUACGAUUGGAAUGUCUGGAUCUGCAACUUCGCCGCCCUCUUCGUAAGCGGUGUCUUCCUUUUCCUCAUCUGCUACUUCAGCCCCUACGAAUGGCGCGCAAAGUCGAAGCGAGGCGAAGCUUCCUCCGAGCAGGGUGAGAGCUUCAAGUUCAGCAAUACGGCUUGGUAUAUGAUCACAACCAUGUACCUGCAGAGUUACGAUGUCUCGCCUCGCUCUGUGGCUGGACGAGUCCUCAGUGCCUUCUGGUAUCUCUUCAUGCUCGUCAUGGUGUUCCUGUACCUCAUCAACCUGACCCCCUUCCUUAGGGCAUCCAAAGGCAUCAUCCAAGUGCGCGAUGUCGGCGAUCUCUUCGAUCAGACCACAGUCGAUGUCGGUUUCGUCAAGGACAGUUCUGCCUACGACUUCUUCCGUGAUAACCGUAUCCCAGAGUACCGUCGUCUCUGGGAGACUGUUCAAUCUGCCGUUUCCAUGUACCGUGACGACAGUGGUAUUGUCCUUGAGGUUGAAGAUGGUGUCCUGCGAACAAGACACUCCAACGGCAAGUACGCCUUCAUCCACGACCGACGCGUUCUUCAGCAUGGAUCCCGGCAGUGGCCUUGCAAUUUGGUCAUUACUGGGGGAAGCUUUGCUACUGUUGAAUAUGGAUUGGCUGUUGCGUCAGGGUCACCCUUGAGAGAUCAGCUGUCCUGGUGUAUCGAGCGGCUCGAGGAACGCGGUACCUUGGAAAGCUUGUGGAACAACAAUACUUGGGUGGAUCCACAACGCCGUGGACCCUGCAACAAUGAACGAAUGACUUACUGGGAGCGGCAAGCGCUUUAUUCACUCACCGCUGUCGAUCUCCAAGGAAUGUACUACCUCAUGAUCAUUGGGAUGGGUUCUGCCGUCAUCAUCUUCGCGCUCGAAGUUCUCGCAUUCCAGCUAGGUGUAGGUACCAACGCCCCACGGGUCAGUCGGAACGAUGCUCGUGAAAUGCGCAUCGUUCAGGCCUCUUCUGGUGGUGGCGUCGGUGGUGGAAUGGGUGGUGGUGGUGGUGGGGGAGGUGCAAGUGGGGGUGCCAACGAUGGCAAAAUGUGGAUCUAGUCCAACCCUUCCCCUUAUCCCACCACUCUUUUAAACACUUUGAAAAUUGUGUCCUGAAGUUUGUUUCUUAUUCUAUUCUCAACUAUUCUCUUCCCUAUUUUACUGGUAUUAAAAUGCUUAAAGUGAUUGGUUAACAUUGUUUUGACUUUUAAAAAAUCUGAGCUAGAAGGUCACACUUGUCACCUGUGUCUGUGAUAUGUUACAAAAAUGAAGCCCAGAAAAAAUUGCGUUCGAAAAUAAAUUUUUAGUGCUUCAAAAAUUGAAAUAUAAAGUGACCGAAAACACCAUCUUAAUUUCAUCCCAUACACUUAUGUGUACUAUUUAGGCGUCUAUUAGACACCCAUUUACAAAAUCGGGGUUUGCCUUGUAGUUUUAGCUUUUCAUUCUCAAUAAUGGUUGUUUUCAGGGUUUAUUAGUUCUAAUACAUGCACUUGUACACAUGUUUCAUCUUGGUUUGAGAAUUUUUUUAAUCGGCUGCUCACAAAGUUAAACAAUACCUUUAAGGUUAAGAUAUCUCUUAGUGUGUAGUGUUUUAAUAUGUUCGGAUAUUUCAAAUUAUAUGAAAUAAAUUAGACUUUUCUAUCCAGGAUUCAGAAAACAUAAAAUGCGGGGGGGGGGGGGGUUAUUUCUAAAUAUUGGGAAGAGGGGAUGUUUCAUUUUCUGGAAUGAGUUUUCAAAAUCAUGUCGUUAAUGCCUGUUGAUUGUUAAACACAAUGGCUGAAAUUGUAUUUUGUUUGGCUCGAAGUGAUGAAACUUUCACUUGUACCAUUUUGUAGUUCUGUGUACAUUUUCAAUAAAUGUGUCUUUUUAUCAGGAA